AUGCCCGUAGUGCCGUACGCAUUGAAGCCUGAACAGGCUGCAGUCGCCAGUCAGGUGGCGUCAGCAGCGGACACUGGUGAUUGGACUCCUGGUGAGACCUGGCCAAACCUGCUGGAGAAGUGGAGUUUGGAGAAUACAACGCUGCACAACGCAAGCGAUCCAGCGUGUGGAUGGUGUGGCGCUAACAACAAGUGCUACGGCACCGUACGCGUAAACUCGCAGUGCUCUGAUCAGGACAGAGCAAAUGAGGAAUUCGGGGAGCCCGCCAAGGCUGGCGGAGUGAUUGGUGCCGCGAUAGGCGCCGUUGCAGGGCGGGUUUUGCUGGCCUCCUGA